AUGGGCCUCGACGUCGAGGCAGACGGGCUCGCGGCCCUGAGCGGCACCUUCCUGGUCCUGGCCGCCGGGAGCGUCGUGUUGCGCUUCGUAGCUCGCUCCAGGCAAAAGGCUCGAGUCUGGAUGGACGACCAUACCAUGGCACUGGCGUGGGUUGGGUUCGUCGGCCUCACGGCCCUUUCGUUCUUCGGUCAGUCAGCACCCACGCCGCGCUCUGAGGUGAUGCUCAACUCGGACUUGGGCCGCCGGCUAACCGUGACGACGGCUCAUGUAGGCAUAGCAAAGGGGUUUCUGGGCUACGAGAUGCCGCGAGACAGGGCCUCCGUCGAGGCCGUGGCCUUGACGCAGGCGCGCACCCUCAUCGCCUUUGCCGUGCUGACGGCCACGACGUUUGGCCUGACCAAGCUCAGCGCGCUCUUCUUCUACCGGCGCAUCUUCUGCGUCGGGCCCCGCGGCGACGCCUUCGACUUCGUCACCGCCGUCUUCGUCUUCCUCGUCUCGGCGUGGACCGUGACCUUUAUUGUCGUGCCCCUGAAUCUCUGCGGGCCCCUCAGGAGCAUCGAGUGGGAUAUCCGCCAUGCGUCGCGGUGCGACCACUACGCUUACUUCAAGGGCAUUUCCGUCUCCGACUUUAUCCUGGACGUGGCCGUUCUCGUCCUGCCACUCCCCAAGAUCUGGUCUCUCAACAUGACUACCGUCCGCAAGAUUGCAGUCUCCGGCUUGGGCGCAAGCACAACCCGGCUGGUCAUCAUGAUGCGCAUCGUCCACAGAGGCAGAGCCGGGAACGCCAGAGAUACCUACCAGGGCAACACCCGGAUCGUGUACUACGGCAUCCUCGAAGCCGCGUUCAACAUCGUCGCCAUCAACGGCCCGUCGCUGUGGUACCUCGUCGCGGGCAUCCCCCCGGAUCGUGUGCUGCACAGCAUCCGCACCUUUGUGUCCCUCGGGUCCAGCCACCGGCCCGGUUCGUCCAAGAGCUCCGUGGACGGCGUCACGCGCCACGUCUCUCCGGGCCGCAAACUUGACGACGCCGACUCGUCGCCGUCGAGUCCCACCAAGGGUAGCUGCGUCGAGACGUAUGCCAUGGCGGAUGUGAAUGCCGUGCAUGCCGCGAGGGGCAGCCAAGGCGGCAUCGUUGUCGGCCACGAGUUCAAGCGUGAAAUCGAGCAGCGCCACACUCCCAUGCAGUGA